AAGAUGAAAACUCUCGGCACGGCGGUGGUGAAGGUGAAGGGUCGCCCGUGGAUGAACGUUGGUUCGUCGUCACAUGAGCGUCACAAGGGAGGAUCACUGAGCAACUUGCACGCCCAAUUCAGCACACCAGGUGAAUGACAUGUAACUAACUUGGCAAAGUAGUACAAGUUACCCAGUUGGAGACCCAAGACCUGUUUUGCCUCACUUGUAGUGUAUAAAGUCAUCUCCCAAUGUGCCCAAGUCGUUUUCCUUGUACACAGUAGUGGAAAACAUCUCGAGGAAGACAAGUCCUUCUACUCGUCCUACUUCUGCUCAGAAAUAUUGCACGAGCGGGGGGAGUGAGCUGUAGGCAAUUCAGCUACUGUGGCUCAAAGACAAAGAAGAGGAGGAAAGCGGAUUCAUUGGCAGAAGAAGAAGAGGAAUGCGCAGAGCCUACAAGUGAGUGUAGGGAUUGUGACAGGAAAAGCUCAGGAGUUGGUUGAAAUGAUGAUUUCGGGGAAAGGUUGACAUAGAGAGCAGGUGGACUUGUAGGAAUCCUACAAGUUUAGGAGCAGGGUUUAAAUUAUGUUACCAUGGAGAUGAUGGGAAGAGAAAUGGAGUAGGGGUGAGUUGAAAGGAAGAGCUGUCUUCGAAUGUCUUGGAGGUGAAAAGACCAUCGGCUCGAGUGAUGAGGCAGAAAUUUGAAAUUGAGGGUGUGAUGUAGUAGAAUGGGAUGAGCGGCAAUGCCUCACAGGUUGGACGUGACCGAGAGUCGAAAGAGAAAUUCUGGACGGAACUAGAUGAAGUCGUUCUGAGCAUCACAGAGAGAGAGAGAGAGAGUGUGUGUAAAAUGUCAUUUUGUGGAACUGCAACAAAAAAACAAAAAAAAAAAAGUCAGCUCAUGACAAGACAGCGUCCCCAAGUCUCCCUCUUGAGCUCUCUCACUCGUAAAAAUACAGCAGGGCCGGCCUUGCCCCUCCCCCCUGCCCACCCCGUGUCGCCCUCCGGUCCAAUGACUGGACGGCUGGCUAUCAGCCUUUGCGUUAUUAUGGUCUGGGAGGAACAUUCCGAGGAGUCCUUCACACUGAGGCACACGCUCGCUACCACAGCGGAGGCUCGCCUCGUGCCACAUUUGCGCUGGUCUGGCGCGCUCUCCACGCUGCACGGAGGACACCGACCGCCGCCGCCGCCACCAUGAUGCAGCUCCACAAGUUUGUGGCAGAUGAAGAUCUGGAAGAUGAGCGGGAAGCAGAGGAGAUGCCUGCCACAGAGAAGGACCUGGCUGAGGACGCUCCCUGGAAGAAGAUCCAGCAAAACACGUUUACGCGGUGGUGCAACGAGCACUUGAAGGGCGUCCACAAGCGCAUGCUGGACCUGCAGAAGGACCUGGCGGAUGGCCUGCGGCUCAUUGCGCUCCUCGAGGUUCUGAGCCAAAAGAACAUGUACCGCAAGUACCACAGCAGGCCCAACUUCCGCCAAAUGAAGCUCGAGAAUGUGUCGGUGGCGCUGGAGUUCCUGGAACGGGAACACGUCCGCUUGGUGUCCAUUGACUCAAAAGCCAUUGUGGAUGGGAACCUGAAACUGAUCCUGGGGCUGAUCUGGACGCUGAUCCUGCACUACUCCAUCUCCAUGCCCAUGUGGGAGGAUGAGGACAACGAGGAUGCGAGGAAGCUGACGCCCAAGCAGCGUCUUCUGGGCUGGAUCCAAAACAAGGUGCCCCAGAUGCCCAUCACCAACUUCCACCGCGAUUGGAGGGACGGCAAGGCCCUGGGGGCCCUGGUGGACAAUUGUGCUCCUGGUCUAUGUCCGGACUGGGAGACUUGGGAUCCAAGUCAACCUGUGGAGAAUGCCAGAGAAGCCAUGCAACAGGCAGACGACUGGUUGGGCGUACCGCAGGUCAUCGCUCCAGAGGAGAUUGUGGACCCCAGUGUGGACGAGCACUCCGUCAUGACCUACUUGUCUCAAUUUCCCAAAGCCAAAUUGAAGCCAGGUGCCCCCUUGAGGGCAAAGACGCUGGAUCCCAAGAAGGCCAAAGCCUUUGGGCCAGGCAUAGAACCUCAAGGGAACGUAGUUCUCAAACCAUCAGAGUUCCUUGUGGAAACGGUAGAGGCCGGAAUGGGCGAGGUUCUGGUUUAUGUUGAGGACUUGGAAGGGCACACCGAGGAGGCCCGGGUGAUCCCCAACAACGACAUAAACCGAACAUACUCUGUAGGCUACCUGCCCAAAGUGGAAGGUCUCCAUAAAGUGAAGGUUCUGUUUGCGGGCCAGGACAUCAACGGGAGCCCCUUCAUGGUUCACGUCUCCAAAGCUGUAGGGGACCCGACCCGGGUGCAGGCUCGCGGUCCCGGACUGCGACACGUGGGAAACCUGGCCAGCAAGCCCACCUACUUUGACAUCUACACAGCAGGCGCUGGUGCCGGCGAUGUGGGCGUGACCAUCGUGGACUCGAAUGGUCGCAGGGACACCGUGGAGGUGGUCCUGGAGAACAAGGGUGACAGCAUCUUUAGAUGCACAUAUGUUCCUGUCCUGGAGGGGACACACACCGUCUACGUCACGUUUGCUGGACAGCAGAUUCCCAGGAGUCCUUUCCCAGUGCUCAUUGGCCAAGCCCGCAACCCGAACGCCUGCAGGGCGUCUGGCCGCGGUUUGCAACCCAAAGGUCUGCGGGUGGAGGAGGUGGCAGAGUUCAAAGUGGACACCCGGGGGGGCGGCACCGGCGAGCUCCGAGUGGUAGUGAAAGGACAGAACCGACUGGACGUACCCGUGGAGGCGGUCGAGGUGGACGACGGCCUCUACGAAUGUAACUACUACCCCAUGGUGACAGGAAAUUACACGGUCACCGUCAGUUGGGGGGGCCACAACAUCCCACGCAGUCCCUUUGAGGUCUAUGUGAGCGAGAAAGCCGGACUUCAGAAGGUGCGAGCCUGGGGUCCCGGCCUGGAAACGGGCACGGUAGGAAAGAGCGCUGACUUUGUGGUGGAGGCCAUCGGGAUGGAGGUGGGAACACUGGGAUUCUCCAUCGAAGGUCCGUCUCAGGCCAAGAUUGAGUGCGACGACAAGGGAGAUGGCUCGUGUGACGUGAGGUACUGGCCCACCGAGCCCGGCGACUACGCCGUCCACGUCAUAUGCGACGACGAGGACGUGAAGGACAGCCCCUUCAUAGCGCACAUACUGCCUGCAGCAACGGACCUUCGCCAAGAAAAGGUGAGGUGCUACGGACCGGGCCUCGAGCCCCUCGGCUGCGUCAUCAACAAACCGGCGGGUUUCACCGUCGACGGCCGAGGAGCUGGCAGAGGCAAGCUGAGGCUCUACGCUCAGGAUGCUGAAGGCUGCCCCAUAGACAUGGAUAUCACGGACAACGGAGAUGAGACCUUCAUGUGCGUUUACAUCCCAACAAAAGCCAUCAAGCACACGAUCGUCGUCACGUGGGCUGACGUCAACGUUCCAAACAGCCCCUUCAGGGUGAGCAUCGGAGAGGGGAGUCAUCCACAGAACGUAAAGGUUUUUGGUCCUGGCGUGGAGCGAAGCGGACUCAAGGCCAAUGAACCGACAUACUUCACGGUGGACUGCAGCGAGGCAGGACAAGGUGACGUCAGCAUCGGCGUCAAGCGUGAGCCCGGCGCGCUCGGAUCCGCCGAGGCCGGCGUCGACUUUGACAUCAUCAAGAACGACAACGACACCUUCACGGUCAAGUACACGCCCCCCAACCCCGGACUGUACACCAUCAUGGUGCUCUUUGCUGACCAGGAAAUUCCCAUCAGCCCCUUCGGGAUAAAAGUGGAACCUUCUCACGAUGCUGCCAAAGUGAGAGCAGAAGGACCUGGUCUCAAAUCGGGUGUUGAAGCAGGAAAGCCGACACACUUUACGAUCUACACCAAAGGGGCCGGCAAAGCCCAGCCUGAGGUCCGUUUUGGAGGCGCUGAUGCAAGCAAAGUUGUGCGGGACUUUGAGAUCAUUGACAACCACGACUACUCGUACACGGUCCGCUACACUGCCACCCACCAGGGAAUUUUGUCCAUCACGGUACUCCAUGGGGGCGACGCCAUUCCGAAAUGUCCCUUUCACGUCAUGGUGGCUCCGCCUCUGGACAUCAGCAAGGUUCAAGUUCACGGCCUGAACAACAAGGUGGACGUCGGGAAGGAUCAGGAGUUCAGGAUCAGUACUUCAGGUGCAGGCGGUCAGGGCCAACUAGACGUGAAGAUCAUUUCUCCGUCCCGCCGACCAAUUCCGUGCAAGCUGGAGUCCGGCAGCACCGACGGGAUUCAUUCGGUGAGGUACAUUCCACCUGAGGAGGGGCCUUACAGAGUGGAAAUCAGCUAUGACGAGAACCCCAUCCUAGGAAGUCCAUUGGCGGUGGAGGGCGUCUUGCCUCCUGACUCCUCCAAGUUUCCGCAGGUGCGAGCCUACGGCCCAGGUCUUCAGGGUGGCGUGGUGGGCAAACCAGCCCCCUUUGCUAUUGACACAAAGGGAGCGGGAACCGGUGGGUUAGGCCUGACGGUGGAGGGUCCCUGUGAGGCCAAGAUUGAAUGCCAGGACAAUGGCGACGGCUCCUGUUCUGUGUCCUACUUGCCCACCGAGUGUGGCAAGUACAAUAUCAACAUUCUGUUUGCCGACGAGCACGUCCCCGGGUCCCCCUUCAAGGCUGUCGUCCAGUCUGUCUUUGACCCCAGUCGGGUGACUGCCAGCGGGCCCGGUCUAGAGCGGGGUAAAGCGCACGAGGCCAGCUCCUUCAUCGUGGACUGCUCCAAAGCCGGAGACGCGGAGCUCACCAUUGAGAUCAUCUCCGAGUCGGGCUCCAAAGCUGAAGUUCACGUGGAGAACAACAGCGAUGGAACCUACUCCAUCACUUACGUUCCUCAGUCCCACGGUGUGUACACCAUAACCAUCAAAUAUGGAGGACACUUGGUGCCCAAGUUCCCUGCACGUCUGCACGUGGAUGCAGCAAUCGACGUGAGCGGCGUCAAGGUCUACGGACCUGGUGUGGAAGCCAGAGGUGUCCUGAGAGAAGUCACGACACACUUCAUGGUUGACGCCAGAAGUGUCUACCAGAAGCCUGGCGGCCACGUUAAAGCCUACAUUUCUAAUCCAUCGGGGACCAGCACCGACGCCUACAUUACAGACAAGGCCGAUGGGACGUACCACGUGGAGUACACGCCGUUCGAGGAUGGUCUGCAUGUCAUUGAGGUGUUGUUGGAUGAUGACCCUUUACCAAAGAGUCCGUUCAGGGUGUCUGUUAGUGAAGGGUGCGACCCAAGUCAAGUUCGAGCCUACGGGCCAGGCCUGGGGGAAGGUCUGGUCAACAAACACAACCGCUUCACCGUUGAGACCAGGGGUGCUGGCACCGGGGGUCUCGGCCUGGCCAUUGAGGGGCCGUCAGAGGCAAAGAUGUGCUGCAAGGACAACAAAGACGGCAGCUGCAGCGUUGAGUACCUUCCCUUCACUCCUGGAGAGUACGACGUCAACAUCACCUUUGGAGGACUUCCAAUUCCAGGAAGUCCGUUUCGAGUCUCUGUGCGGGAGUUGGUGGAUCCCACCAAAGUGCGCUGCUCUGGCCCCGGGCUCGGAAGCGGUGUUCGUGCUCACAUCUUUCAGACCUUCACGGUGGACUGCAGCAAGGCCGGUGUCGCUCCUCUGGAGGUGCAGAUAUUCGGGCCCACAGGUGUCAACGAGCCCGUCAGUGUUAUAGAUAACGGUGACGGGACGCACACCGUGAAUUACACCCCCGCCAACGACGGUCCGUACACCAUCUGCGUCAAGUACGCCCAGCAGGAGGUCCCUCGAAGUCCGUUCAAGAUUAAGACCCUGCCGCCUCAUGACGCCAGCAAGGUCCGGGCCAGUGGUCCCGGUCUGAAUUCGUCCGGUGUUCCUGCCAGUCUCCCGGUGGAGUUUACCAUUGAUGCCAGAGAUGCCGGCGAAGGACUGCUCAGCGUUCAGAUCCUGGGUCCCGAUGGGUGCGAGCACCAAGCCGCCGUGUUUGUGCAGGACUGGCACACACGUGUCUGGGAAUCUCAGAUAGUCAAGAGAACCAUCCCGUUCUCCAUUUUUAAGAGAGCCUGUGAUCCCGAGACGAAGCCGAAGAAGGCCAACAUUCGGGACAACCGCGACGGAACCUACACGGUGUCCUACGUCCCGGACAUGGCAGGCCGCUACACCAUCACCAUCAAGUAUGGUGGGGACGAGAUCCCGUGUUCGCCGUACCGCAUCCACGCCGUACCCACCGGGGAUGCCAGCAAGUGUCUGGUCACAGUUUCCAUUGGAGGACACGGACCAGGGUCCGGUGUUGGUCCCACCAUCCAGAUCGGAGAGGAGACUGUCAUCACGGUGGAUGCAAAGGCCGCCGGGAAAGGCAAGGUCACCUGCAAGGUGUCCACACCUGACGGGGCAGAGCUGGACGUGGACGUGGUGGAAAAUGCGGACGGGACGUUUGACAUUUACUACACGGCGCCAGAACCCGGAAAGUACGUCAUCACGAUCCGUUUCGGAGGCGAGCAUAUUCCCGACAGUCCUUUCCACGUACUGGCGACCAAGGAUCCCGCCAUCCCCGCCGGCGGGAUGGAAGCCACGCUCCGUCCCUUCAGUCUGGUCAUUCCUUUCACCGUGCAAACGGGACAAAUUACAGGUGAGGUGCGGAUGCCGUCCGGUCGCCUGGCCUGCCCGCACGUAGCUGACAACAAGGACGGCACCGUCACAGUCGAGUACUCGCCAAGCGAGCGUGGCCUGCACGAGAUGGACAUCAAAUACGACGGCCAGCAUAUUCCGGGAAGCCCGCUCCAGUUCUUCGUGGAUGCCAUUAACAGUGGUCAUGUGACGGCGUUUGGCACUGGCUUGAGCCACGGCGUCGCCAACACGCCGGCAAUCUUUACAAUUGCUACCAAGGACGCCGGCGAAGGCGGUUUGUCUCUGGCAGUGGAAGGCCCGUCCAAAGCCGAGAUCAGCUGCAAGGACAACAAAGACGGGACCUGCACCGUGUCCUACUUGCCGACGGCUCCCGGCGACUACGUCAUCAUUGUCAAGUUUGAUGACAAACACAUCCCCGGAAGCCCGUUCGCCGCCAAAAUUAUCUGUGACGACCUUGUGGCCAGGUCUCAGCUCAACGUGGGCACGGCGACCGAUGUCUCCUUGAGGAUCACGGAGACGGAUCUGGGCAGCCUGAUGGCGACUAUUCAAGCGCCGUCGGGAAGCGAAGAGGCGUGCCUGUUGAAGAGACUCCCCAACAGACACAUUGGUAUCUCGUUCACGCCCAAGGAAGUGGGCCAGCACGUGGUGAGUGUGAAGAAGGGCGGCGCUCACGUGACCAACAGCCCGUUUAAGAUCAUGGUGGCGCAGUCCGAGAUCGGCGACGCCAGCAAGGUGAAAGUGUUCGGGGCGGGAGUGCUUGAGGGACGCACCUUCGAGGUGGGCGACUUCAUUGUCGACACCCGGACCGCAGGUUAUGGAGGUCUGGGUCUGUCCAUCGAGGGUCCCAGCAAAGUAGACAUCAACUGUGAGGACGUGGAGGACGGGACGUGUCGCGUGACCUACUGCCCCAGCGAGCCUGGAAACUACAUCGUCAACAUCAAAUUUGCCGACCAGCACGUCCCAGGAAGUCCUUUCACCGUGAAAGUGUUUGGCGAGGGCCGGAUGAAGGAGAGCAUCACCAGGAAGCGGCCGGCACCGGCCGUCGCCACCGUGGGAAGCGCCUGCGACCUCAACCUCAAGAUCCCGGACAACUGGUUUCAGCUGGCUUCAGCACAGGAUCGGGUGACUCGCACGUUCACGCGCAGCAGCCACACGUACACCCGCACCGAACGCACCGAGAUUAGCAAGACGCGUGGCGGCGAGACCAAGCGGGAAGUCCGCGUGGAGGAGAGCACGCAAGUUGGAGACCCCUUUAGGGAUGUCUUUGGAGACUUCCUGGCACGGGAAAAUCUGAGUGGCUUCGGUGGGAAGUCACCACCGCAGGAGGGAGAGGCGGCCCACCAGGCGAUGGCGGCUCAAGUCACAAGUCCGGGCGGGAAGUGCGAGGACGCCGAGAUCAUCCGAGGCGAGGACAGCACGUACAGCGUCCGCUUCGUGCCGCAGGAAAUGGGCGCGCACAUGGUGGACGUGAAAUAUCACGGGCAACACGUUCCCGGGAGCCCCUUUCAGUUCACCGUGGGGCCCCUGGGAGAGGGCGGCGCCCACAAGGUACAGGCAGGCGGUACGGGGCUGGAGCGAGGCGUGGCCGGCGUCCCAGCCGAGUUCAGCAUCUGGACCAGAGAGGCGGGUGCGGGUGGGCUGUCUAUUGCGGUGGAGGGUCCCAGCAAGGCGGAGAUCGCCUUUGAGGAUUGCAAGGAUGGUUCUUGUGGCGUUUCCUAUGUGGUCCAGGAGCCCGGAGACUACGAGGUCUCGAUCAAGUUCAACGAUGAGCAUAUCCCAGACUCACCCUUCGUGGUCCCUGUGGCCAAUUUGUCAGACGACGCCCGGCGCCUAACCGUCACCACGCUUCAGGAAUCUGGUCUGAAGGUGAACCAGGAAGCAUCCUUUGCGGUGCAGCUAAACGGAGCCCGAGGUGCCAUUGAUGCCAAGAUCCAGGCGCCUUCUGGAGCCACAGAGGAAUGUUUGAUCAGCCAGCUGGAUGGCGAUCAGCACGCCAUCAGGUUCGUCCCCAAAGAGAACGGCAUCCACUCAAUCGAUGUCCGCUUCCGCGGCAGCCAUGUGCCCGGAAGCCCCUUCAAGAUCCGCGUGGGAGAGCCCGGUCAAGUAGGAGACCCCAGCAAGGUGUCGGCCUCCGGGCCGGGCCUCGAGAGUGGGACUACAGGUGUGCCAUCGGAGUUCAUGGUGAACACGUGUAACGCCGGCGACGGCGCGCUCUCCGUGACCAUCGAUGGUCCUUCUAAAGUCCAGAUGAGCUGUCAGGAAUGUUCUGAAGGCUACCAAGUGUCCUACACCCCGAUGGCCCCCGGGAGCUACGUGAUCUCCAUCAAGUAUGCGGGAGCCCAACACAUCAUCGGCAGCCCCUUCAAAACCGUAGUCUCAGGUCCUCGCUUGUUGGGAGCUCCCGGUCUUCAUGAGACCUCUUCAGUUCUGGUGGGAAGCGUCACCAAGUCGUCAUCUGGGUUAGCCGGGGCCUUCGCUUCUUUGCCCAAAUUCUACUCUGACGCCAGCAAGGUGGUCUCCAGGGGGGCCGGCCUGUCCAAGGCUUUUCUGGGCCAGAAGAACUCCUUCAUGUUGGACUGCAGCAAAGCUGGAAGCAACAUGUUGAUGGUGGGAGUCCACGGUCCCAGAGCCCCGUGUGAAGAGGUCUACGUGAAGCACGCGGGCCACAGGAUGUACAACGUGACUUACACAGUGAAAGAAGCCGGGAACUACAUCCUCAUGGCCAAGUGGGGGGACGAUCACAUACCCGGGAGCCCCUUUCACAUCUCCGUACCGUGAAGGUUUUUCCCUCCUCCAAACUUCUCAUUGGGCAAACCAAAUAGCUCGAGGUUUUUGUUUUUUUUUUUUUUUUUAAUUAACUUUUGUUCUCUCUCUGGGAAAUUUGAGAGACAGGAAGUGGCAAAGUCUUAUUGUAGCUUGGCGAAUGCGAUGAUUGUUUGAUAUUUGAUAAAAAUACGGUGAUGAUAUUAAAGGUUUCACAGCCAUCAUCGUGUAGAAAGUGAUUUUGUCCAGUAGGUGGCGCACUCGAAAACAUUUAGUGCAAUAUUUAUGAUGGGGCAGCGUGAUUUGCUAAUGGAGCACUGCUAUGUCUGCCUCACAAUCACAUGCAGGAUUUGAAUCUUUGCUUCCGACUUCCCCGUUGCUUUUUAAUUAUUAUUUUUUUCUUAUUAGUCCUGACAUUGACCGGAGACCCAUCUCUUCUUUCCCUCUCUUACAUCAACUGGUGACACGUCCGUUAAUUCUGUACCUGCCCUUACGAUAUCAAGCGCAUUUGGCCAGCACGUGCCGGCUGCGCUCAUCCUUGUGAGGAUAAGCGGCUUGGAAAAUGGACGAUUAAUUCCAUCCACUAGAGGGCAGUAGAGUGUAUGUAAUGACUGUUAU